AUGGAUGAAAAAACGAAAAUGGCUAGCGGUUCCGCAGUUUUGAAAGAGAGCGGAGAAGAAGGUGCUACAGGUCCUCAGAACGCUAAGCGAGAUCUGGAAGAGGAGUUUAACGUGCAAAGAGCUAAAAUGAAAGAGUUAUUCUUACAGAAAGAAGAGGACCUCCGUCAACUGGUGCUAGAGAAGCAACAGCUGGACUCGGAGGUGUUGGGCUUACGAGAGGAGCUGCAACAACUACAAACACUCAGCGAGAACCAGAAGUCAGAGAUACAGAGCUUACAGAUGUUAGUCAGUGAGACAGUGGAGGCAUCUUCGUCGGGCUCCGAGGAGGUGAGGAGACUCCGAGCUCGGAACAUCGACUUGGAACAACAACUCGCACAACUUAGACAACAACAGGAGCUUCCCCUGGCGCCGGCCACGUUCGUACGGUCGUUGGCUCGCAAGCUGGGCGCGGAGCCGGAGGAGCCGCCGUCCAGGAAGGCCGAGGACGAGCUGCUGCAGAGCAUCAUACAGCCGCUCGAGAUGGAGAUAGGCGCGCUCAAGAACAAGCUGCGGGAGAACGACGCGCUGCUGCAGGACGCGCUGAAAUCAAAAGUAGCAGCUGCCAACACCUCGGCGGCCGUGGCCAGCGGCGGCGACUCCAAACCGGAAACGGAGAGCCGCGGCUGUGACAUGUGCGCCAACUACGAGAGACAACUGGUCGCGGAGCAGACACGCGCGGACCACGCACGAGAUAAAGCGAGGAAAUUUGAACUCUCGCUCAAAUUGGCCACGGAAGAGUUAGAGGGCGUCCGCAGCGUCCACGACGAGACGACGCGGGCCUGGCAGGCCGAGAGGACGGAGGGAGGGGCGCGCCUCGCGGACCUGCAGCAGGCCCUCGACCAGGCCAAGGAACAGAUAGCACACAGGAGCGAGCAGGCCGAGCGGGCCUCACGACAGGCGCUGCACAACGUGACGGCGCUCACGGUCGCCAGGGAAACGCUGCAGGGGAAGCUGGACGAACUGGAGAGGGAAAACGAGAUGCUCGUGGGAAGAUACCUACGGAAGGCCGCGGAGAUGGAGAGCGAGGUCAUCGACCUGCCGGACGACGUGCCCGCGCUACAGGAGAAGGCGAUCCAGCUGCACGAACAGCUGCUCGUGUGUCAGGUGGGGCGGGAGAGGGCGCUGGAGAACGAGGAGGAGCUGCGAGCACAGCUACAGCAGCACGCCGCCAUGCUUCACCGGAGAGAAGACGAGCUGGCCGAGCAGGGCGCCAGGCUCAAGGACGUCGGCAAAGAGCUGGACCGGCUGCAGACCGAGCACGAGCAGAUGAAGGAGCUGGCGGACAAGCUGAGGCAGUCCAACGACACCAUCGAGAAGCUUCUUGACGAUAAAAAACGUCUCCAGAACGAGGUGAGCGAGGUGCGCACGAGGGUGUGCGUGCUGCAGCAGGAGCUGGACAACAGUGAGAAGGUCCAGCAGGACUUCGUGCGGCUGUCGCAGAGUCUGCAGGUGCAGCUGCAGCGGAUACGGGAGGCGGACUCCGAGGUGCGCUGGCAGCACGACGAGGACGUGAGCGAGUGUCCCGCGUGCCGCGCGCCGCUGCCCUCCAACAAGAAGAAGAUCCACUGCCGGCACUGCGGCCGCAUCUUCUGCGGGCCGUGUGUCAGCCAGGUGGUGGCCAGCGGGCCGCGCGGGUUGCCGGCGCGCGUGUGCUCCGUGUGCCGCACGCUGCUGCAGCCGCACGCCGCGCCCUACUUCAGCACCCGCCCGCCCAACUCGCCCGACUAG